AUGCAAGUAGCCGAAAUGCUGUCCGACUUGACCUCAUUGCGAGUCUGCGACUACAAUGAUGCCGUCGCACUUGUCACCGUUCACGAAAGGAUACCCGCUGAGUUCUCUCCCGCAGAUGGCGGCCUUGCUGCUGCAAGCCAGCAAAGCGAAAAAGCAAAUGGCGAUCUCCAGCGUGCAAAGGAGCUCGUCGACUUACAUUACGAGAUUAAAGCGCGGCAUGCCGAUGGAACCGUUGAUGAGGAGCUGGCGCGUGCGAGAGAGGAUGUGAAUCGUGUUCUGAUGGAGCUUGGGCAUUGA